AUGCCAAUACGUCUUAAAUGCAACUUUCAAGGAUCUUCCAAAGUGGUGUCUGCAGACCCCCAGAAGCCGUUGCCAGUGCUUCUUGGUGCGAUACAGUCAGCUUUUAACGAUAAGGAUUUGGACUAUUUGAUAAAUACUGGCUCAGUGGUGCUUCAGCAUGAUUAUCCCAAAAAAAAUGUCGAUGUGAUCUUGAAUAUAGAAACUACUUUGGAGCAAUUGGGAUUCAGAAGUGGUGAGCAGGUAUGGUUAUCUGACAUCAAUAAAUCUGCUUCAAAUCCAGUGGCGGCAUCAAGUACAAGCAAUUCAAAGCCUCGCCCCACAGAAACAAAGAAACGCUCAGGAAUACAUACCAUGGAUUCGAUUUCAAAAAAGCAAAAAUCAGAAGCAACCAGCGGGUCUUCAAAAACAUACUACGAAAAAAUUGGCAAUGGGUAUUGUGUGAUGAGAAGGAUGUCAGACGAUAACUCCUGUAUGUUCCAUGCUAUAUCGUAUGUAUUAUUUGGAGAUGCCGACCACGUUAUUUCCCUUCGUCUGAUAGUUGCUGAAGUUUUGCUAGAGAAUCCAACAAAGUACACUAAAGCAUAUCUUGGUAGGCCCCCGAAAGAAUAUAUAGAAUGGAUCACUACCACUGACGCAUGGGGAGGUGCGAUAGAGCUAGAAAUAUUUGCAAACCAUUUCAGUAUCGCUAUUGAUUCAGUGGAUGUGAAGACUGGAAGAGUUGACUCAUUCAUUCCAACCAAUACUGGGGAUAAGGAAGCGAACUUUGUGGUUUUGUAUUAUAGCGGUGUACAUUAUGAUGCCUUGGUUUACACUGAAAAAGAUCCUGUUUCUCCAUCGGAAGGGCAUGAUAGCCACAUUGGCGUUUUUAGAAGAGGUUCUGCUCUUGGAAAUGAAGUUUCACGAAAUGCCAAAAAGAUCGGUGGCCAAUUGAAUAAGGAUGGAUAUGUUACUGAUAUGACAAAUAUCUCAGUAGUGUGUGAGCAAUGCGGAACUACAAUUGUUGGAGAGUCAGCGUUACUUACACACAUGAAAGCUACUGGCCAUUCAGAUUUCAAAGAGAAGAAAUAA